AUGGUCGCAGACGCUUUGGUUUACCACCCUGCCUUGGCGCAUUACCUGCGCUUUGUCGCAACGACGGUCGGUCGCGAUAAACUCCUCCGAACCUUGCAAUACUUCUCCCGCUUCUAUGCUUGGUACCUCUACCGCACCAACCGCCCCCAGUCCGCCAUCGAGCCUUUCAACGCCGUCAAGAAGCAGUUCGGAACAACUCGGAAGAUUCUGCGUAUCGGCAAGUUUGUUGAGCAUCUGAAGGCAGCUGCAUUGGCCUCCGACAACAAGAACCCUGUUGACCCUGUACUCCGUUAUCUCGCCGUCGGCCGUCAGCUCGGCUACGCGGGCUACCUCUCUCUCGACACAAUCACCGUUAUCGACACGAUCGGUGUUCGUAAGCUUGCUUCGGCCAAGCGACUGCAGGAGCACGCUUACCGCUCAUGGAUGGCGGGUUUGGUCUGCAGUGCCGUCGCGGGUGUAUACACUCUGUUCAGGCUGCGGGAGAAGGAGAAGACCCUCGACCGCAAGGAAGGCGAAGGUGUUGUGGAAGCCAAGAAGCUUGAAAAGGAGCGCUCUGCCGCACGCAUUCAGCUUAUCUCCGACCUUUGUGACCUGAGCGUGCCAGUGUCCGCCCUUGGACUGGCAUCUCUCGAUGACGGUAUUGUGGGUCUUGCAGGAACGGUCAGCAGUUUGAUCGGAAUCUGGUCCCAGUGGCGGAAGACUGCGUAA